AUGAAAGACCUGGUCUUGGAUAAGCAGUAUCCCCACCACCCGAGCUCUAAUGUAAUACUCGAUUUUCCGGUUCUUUGUCCGGAGCGGCCCCUUGAGGUCAAUUACAUCGAGCCAAUGAGAAAAGUACGAACUUCAAUUUCCCAUCAUAGCACCAUAAGUAGUAUGGGGUUCAGCGGGGACCUAUUGAAGCUUUCCACCUAUAUGUAUUGUUUGAGCGUAAAUAGACACGAUGUUCGGUACGCGUCCAGUCUUGUUCCUACAGCUCUCCUCUAUGGUUGCGCGUUCAACUACUACAACCUUAAGACUGCGCUCCGAGGCCGCCGCUGA